GUCAAGCCUGGGAAAAAACGAUUAGCGAGUAGCAACGGCCAAACAUAAACGUCUCAUUGUUAGUCUUUAUAACGGGACCUAUUUCACAUGAAAUUCUAGUGGCACGAUGGAACUCUUCAAGAUAAUACGUGCUUUGGUCCUAAUAGUACCAGCUUUGGCAACGGAAUUGCAAUUAAAACCGGCGUUGAAUAAGUCAGGGACGGAAAUUUGUGAUAGGUUGACUCAGGAACCAUUUUUUGAGACGGAAAUGGUGGUUGGGAAACCAUGGAGGAUCUACUACGCUUGGAACAUGAUGUUGGAGCAUAAAUGCAUGGAUAUGACAUUCAAAAAUGCUACGCCAAUGAUCAUCAACCGGGUCUGGAAUGACAUGUACGAGUAUCUGGAGACCCAGCCCUACUGGGAUGCUGCCACGCUGCUGGUGUCCAUGGGGAGGGCCCGGCAUGAGAUGCUGCUGUUCGCAGACCAGGGAGCCGCGGGUCGGUUCAUCGGAGUCCCUAAUGUUGUGAGGGAUGGGAACAUAACGCCAUCAAAAAAAUCAGUCCCACUUCUAAAGUUCCACAUGAAACUGAUCCACGAAGGCCGGUUCCUCCUGAUGUCAGAUUGCCAGAUCGGAGUGACGACACUGUCGGCCCGGACCCACCCCAUGCCCUACAGGGCCGACAUUGGCGGCGUCGUGUCCUACCUGAACUUCGGAGAUGGUUUCCAUGCCUGCGUCAAUGACAGAAAUAAGAAUGAACUUGUUGGUGCGCAAUAAACGAUUGAGUGUU